CCGGACGCGCAAAGGCGCGACAGAACCUGGCAUCCUUCGCUUGCGUCAGACACAACGAGCUGCUUCCACGCCGCGCCAGCCAAACGCGCCGCUGAGAGAUAAUGUGCGGGGCAGCUCCUCGCUAGCGGGUUAGCCCAGGCAGGCGGCAUGGCUCCGAAGCGGCGAGCGGGGUCAGGCGGCGUGUGGCUGCGGGCGGGAGCCUGCCUCUUGGCCUGGGCGGCCCUUUGCCAGGUCCGGGCGAGCGCUUGCCCCACACCGUGCGCCUGCAGCGGCACCACGGUAGACUGUCACGGGCUGGGGCUCCGCGCUAUUCCCAAGAACAUCCCGAGGAGCGCAGAGAGGCUGGAACUGAAUGGAAACAAUAUCACUCGGAUCAGUAAACAUGACUUUGCUGGGCUGAAGCAGCUGAGAGUUCUGCAGCUGAUGGAAAACCAGAUCAACGUGGUGGAACGAGGAGCGUUUGAUGACAUGAAAGAACUAGAGCGACUACGGCUAAAUAGGAACCAGCUACACACUAUGCCAGAGCUCAUUUUCCAGAAUAACCAAGCAUUGUCACGACUAGACCUGAGUGAGAACCUUCUUCAGGCUGUGCCCAGAAAGGCAUUCCGUGGAGCCACUGAUCUCAAGAAUUUGCAGCUGGACAAGAACCAUAUAAGUUGCAUUGAAGAAGGGGCCUUUCGUGCUCUCCGUGGGCUGGAAGUAUUGACUUUGAACAACAACAAUAUCAGCUCCAUCCCCAUCUCCAGCUUCAACCAUAUGCCCAAACUGCGUACUUUCCGCUUGCACUCCAAUCAGCUGAUCUGUGAUUGUCAUUUGGGUUGGCUUUCCCAGUGGCUCCGCCAGCGACCUACUAUUGGGCUCUUCACACAAUGUGCUGGUCCUCCAUCCCUCCGUGGUCUAAAUGUUGCAGAAAUCCAAAAGAAUGAAUUCAGCUGCUCAGGCCAAGAUGAUGCCACCAGAACUCAUAUCUGCAGUUUUUCAUCUGGGUCCUGUCCUGCCAUGUGUACUUGUAGCAAUGGCAUUGUAGAUUGUCGUGGCAAAGGUCUAACAGCCAUCCCUGCCAACUUACCAGAAACCAUGACAGAGAUACGUCUGGAACUCAAUGGCAUCAAGUCCAUCCCCCCUGGAGCCUUCUCAUCAUACAAGAAACUACGUAGGAUAGACCUCAGCAACAAUCAGAUUUCAGAAAUUGCACCUGAUGCCUUCCAAGGUCUUCGUUCACUCAACUCUCUAGUCUUAUAUGGGAACAAGAUCACAGAGUUGCCCAAAGGAGUAUUUGGGGGUCUCUAUGCACUACAACUACUGCUACUGAAUGCCAACAAGAUUAACUGCAUUCGAGCAGAUGCCUUUGCUGACCUGCAGAACCUCUCACUGCUCUCUCUUUAUGACAACAAGAUCCAGACCCUGGCCAAAGGCACUUUUGCCACCCUGCGUGCCAUCCAGACACUCCAUCUGGCCCAGAACCCCUUUAUUUGCGACUGCAACCUGAAGUGGCUGGCAGACUUCUUGCGUGCCAAUCCUAUUGAGACAAGUGGUGCUCGUUGUGCCAGUCCCCGACGUUUGGCCAACAAGCGCAUUGGACAGAUCAAGAGCAAGAAAUUCCGCUGUUCCCCCAAGGAACAAUACUUCAUUCCAGGUACGGAGAAUUAUCAUUUGAACAGUGAAUGCCAUAGUGAUGUGGUUUGCCCAGCCAAGUGUCGUUGUGAAGCCAAUGUGGUGGAGUGUUCCAAUCUGAGGCUGACAAAGAUCCCAGAGCGCCUCCCACAGGCUACUGCUGAAUUACGCCUGAAUAACAAUGAAAUCACGGUGGUGGAGGCAACAGGUAUCUUCAAGAAACUUCCACACUUAAAGAAAAUAAAUUUGAGCAACAACAAAGUCUCAGAGAUUGAAGAUGGGGCCUUUGAGGGGGCAUCUUCAGUGAGCGAGUUACAUUUUACUGCUAACCAGCUAGAGUCAGUGCGCAGCUCCAUGUUCCGGGGCUUGGAUGGGCUACGGACACUGAUGCUGAGGAACAAUCGCAUCAACUGUAUUCACAAUGACAGCUUCACUGGGCUGCGCAAUGUGCGCCUUCUCUCCUUAUAUGACAAUCAGAUCAGCAUUAUUUCACCAGGGGCUUUUGAUACAUUGCAGUCACUCUCUACUCUGAACCUACUGGCUAACCCCUUCAAUUGCAAUUGCCAUCUGGCCUGGCUGGGUGAUUGGCUUCGCAAGAGGAAGAUUGUGACUGGGAAUCCACGCUGCCACAAUCCAGAUUUUCUGCGCCAAAUCCCACUGCAGGAUGUUGCCUUCCCCGACUUCAGGUGUGAGGAAGGUCAGGAGGAGACCAUCUGUUUCCCACGUUCUCAGUGCCCCCAGGAGUGCACCUGCCUAGACACAGUAGUUCGCUGCAGCAAUAAGCACCUGAAAAGCCUUCCAAAAGGAAUACCCAAGAAUGUUACUGAGCUCUACUUGGAUGGCAACCAAUUCAUCCUUAUUCCAGGACAACUCUCCACCUUCCGUUACUUGCAGCUGGUAGACCUGAGCAACAAUAAGAUCAGCUUCCUCAGCAACAAUUCCUUCACCAAUAUGAGCCAACUGACCACUUUGAUCCUCAGCUACAAUGCACUGCAGUGUAUUCCCUCACUAGCCUUUGAAGGUCUGCAUUCACUACGGCUGCUGUCUCUUCAUGGAAAUGAUAUCUCCACGCUCCCUGAAGGUAUCUUUGCUGAUGUUACCUCCCUCUCUCAUCUAGCAAUUGGUGCCAACCCCCUGCAUUGUGAUUGCCACAUACGCUGGCUCUCAAGCUGGGUCAAAACUGGCUACAAAGAACCUGGCAUUGCCCGUUGUGCUGGUCCUGCGGAUAUGGAAGGCAAACUUCUGCUCACAACUCCAGCUAAGAAAUUUGAAUGCCAGGGGCCUCCCCUACCCACCAUCCAGGCCAAGUGUAACCCCUGUAUCUCCAAUCCCUGCCAAAACAGGGGCAGUUGUCAAAGAGAUCCUCUGGGCUCCUAUCACUGUGUCUGUCCCAGUGGUUAUAAGGGCAAACACUGUCACCUAUCUGUUGAUGGCUGCUCUGAGAGACCCUGUGAGAAUGGUGGGACCUGCUUGUCUCAAGAAGGAGAUGGAGCCAGCUUUAAAUGUACUUGUGUGGAUGGAUUUGAAGGUCCAAGAUGUAAUCUGAAGACAAAUAGUUGCAACAACAGUUGCAAGAAUGGGGGUACAUGUGUUAAUGGGUCCACUAACCACACAUGCUUGUGCCUACCCUUCUAUACAGGGACAUAUUGUGAGCAGUCGGUGGAUGUAUGUUCCCCUGAGCUCAGCCCCUGCCAGCAUAAUGCCAUAUGUAGAGUCUCUCUUGAUGGACCCAAGUGUGAAUGUAUGCCUGGCUAUGUGGGAGAUAAUUGCAGUGUGGACUACAAUGACUGCCUAGACCACCAAUGCCAGAACAAUGCCAAGUGUUUUGAUGAACCGAAUGGUUAUUCCUGCCUUUGUACUGGUGGUUUCAGUGGUCAGCUCUGUGAGAUCCCACCUCAUGGCUCCUUUCAGUCCAGUCCCUGUGAGAGAGUGGAGUGCCAGAAUGAUGCCAACUGUGUGGAGUUAGGCAAUCGUGCCUUAUGCCAGUGCCUUCCCGGCUUUGGAGGGCUCAAAUGCGAGAAGCUACUGAGUGUCAAUUUUGUGGAUAGGGAUACAUACCUACAAUUCACGGACUUACAGAAUUGGCCCACUGCCAAUAUUACUCUGCAGGUCUCCACAGCUGAAGAUAAUGGGAUUCUCUUGUAUAAUGGGGACACUGAUCACAUGGCGGUGGAGCUUUAUCAUGGCCAUGUGCGUGUCAGUUAUGAUCCAGGCAGUUACCCUAGCUCAGCUCUUUAUAGUGCAGAGACCAUCAAUGAUGGACAGUUCCAUACAGUGGAACUGGUAACAUUUGAGCGGAUGGUAAACCUAUCUAUCGAUGGAGGUGAUCCCAUGACCAUGGAUAGCUUUGGCAAGGCCCACACUCUGAAUUCUGAGGCUCCACUCUAUGUGGGGGGCAUGCCAGUGGAUGUGAAUUCUGCUGCCUUCCGAGUUUGGCAAAUCUUGAAUGGUUCCAGCUUCCACGGAUGUAUCCGCAAUUUAUAUAUCAACAAUGAAUUACAAGACUUUACUAAGACUCAGAUGAAACCAGGAGUUGUUCCUGGUUGUGAACCUUGCCGCAAGCUCUAUUGCAUGCAUGGCAUUUGCCAACCCAACACUGCUCAUGGACCAAUUUGUUACUGUGAGUCAGGCUGGACUGGGCCCCAUUGUGACCAGCCCAUUACCAACCCUUGCCAGGGACACAAGUGUGAACAUGGAAUCUGUAUGCCUCUUGAUGCACUUUCCUAUAGUUGCCAGUGCCAAGAUGGUUACAAAGGAGCCUUGUGCAACCAAGAAGUUGAACUACGUAACCCAUGCAAGAGCUUGGAGUGUGUUCAUGGUCAGUGCCAGAUCUCAGAUGCAGGAGAGGCCUAUUGUGAAUGCAACUCGGGAUUUGAUGGGGAUCUCUGUGAUCAAGAAUCAGAGUGUCGGGGAGAGGCUGUGCGAGAUUUCCAUCAAGUCCAGCGAGGUUAUGCCAUUUGCCAGACGACACGCCCAGUCUCCUGGAUGGAUUGCCAGGGAUCAUGCCCAGGACUAGGCUGCUGUGGAGGACUGCGUCUUAAGCGCAAGAAAUAUACCUUUGAGUGCAGUGAUGGCUCAUCCUUCGUGGAGGAAGUGGAAAAACCUAGCAAAUGUGGCUGUUCCCAUUGCAUGUAGUCUCCAGUGAGGGGCAGGCCAUAGCCAGAGACCUAGGGGUGAGACCUGCCCUAGCAGAAGCCUUGGGAACAGUCUGGAAUCUGAGCAGUUCCCUUAUUAUGGUCAUGGUGGUUAUUCAGGAAAGAAGAGACAAAGUUGUAGAUAAAAGCGGUUUGUUUGUUGUUGUUUUUGCUGGCAAAUCCAGCUGAACAGAUGUAUUUAUAUCCAGCACGGAUUCUACCUGGGGCCACUGAUUGGGCACACCAUGGAUUCUUAUUGAAGAUCUCUACAAUUGUUUUUGCUGCCCAAUGUAAUGUCCUAAGUACCAUGCCCAUCCAUGGGUCAUGCCUGGCCUCAGGAACCAGUCAUUUUGUAUCUUUUGUAUCUUAACUGGAAUCUCCUAGCUGCCCCAUGCCUUUUUUUCCUUCUGUUGGCCAGUUCUACUUUUUCUCUUAUCAAGUAGCUUCUCUUAUUCUCACUCUUAGUACCUGCUCAUGGUAACUUCAUCUUCUGUUUAUGGGGCUAAAUUGCAAGCAGUACAGUGACCAGGAGCAAAGGGAAUAUUAUUACAAGACUAGAAAAGAAAAGAAAAAUACUUAAGAAACUGAGGAAGGAAUUGUUGCUGCCUACAUCUUAAUGGUUAUAAGACACCGAGGAAUAAAAACAGCUUAGACAUGCAAUUGCAUUGUAGUCAUUACUUGAAAGCUGCCUUCAUUUAUUAAUAAUUAAAAAAAACAGAAUGACUGAAUCACUGGCAUUACUCUUGCUGUACUGUACUGUUGCAAUUUGAUGCUAACUUAUUCAGAAGUAAAACCUACUAAAUUUCAUAGAAUUUAAUUUCUAAAUAAGAUUGUGAUUACAAGAAGGCUAAAGAACCUGGGCUACAAUCUGCAGGUCUGCUGACAGGAAGGAAAAGGACUACAUCCAAUUCUUGUUGCAAAUUCUCCCAAUUGCCACAAUCAUUUCUUUGAGUUUUUACUCUUAUCAGUCUUCUAUACCAUAACAUUAUUUUUACUACAUAUCACUUGAUUAUUGUAACAAAUAAGUUUGCACUGAUGGAAGAUGUCAGUUCUACUGCUGUCACCUAUAGAAUAACCUUAUUCACACCAAUCAUUAUUCAUGGAAGAAAGAUGAACGGCAUGUAUCUCUUGCACUCAGCUUAUUGUAUUAUUUUUCAGCCCUGUAAUAGGAUGCAGCAGGCCUUCUCAUAAAAUAGAACACUUGUCCUUCUGUAAAUGAGAGAGGAAUGAGAUUGGGACUUUGCUACAUUCACUGGGAAUAAGAUAAGAGCGAGGAUUUAAAAUAAAAUAAGAUCCCUGCUUGAGAGAAGGCUUUUGUGGAGUACCUUAACUGCAGGAACAAUUUGCUCAAGGUUUCCUAUCAGUAAAUGAAUUCUGUUUGUACUACUUACAAUUAGUUGACACAUACAAGUAAUACUAGUAGCUUUAAAUUACGAAAACAAAGCAGAUUUUCUGCAUUACUAAAGACCCCAAUUUUACAAAAAUUGCCCCCCUCUCUCUCUUGCUCCUACACAUACACUGAUUAAACAAUACACUUGCAGUUUAUUUGCAUAAUUUAUUUUGCUGCUGGUUGGGAAAAGCAAGGAUAUCUAUUAGACAUCAUGGCUGCUAGUUCCAGAUUAUGUUGUGAUUAUUUUCUUUCAUGUUGUAGCUAACUUUAAGGGAUUCUAGAGCCAACAGCUUUCUAAGCUGAUUUGUUUCUUGGCACAUCGGUGGCCAAAAUGACAGUUGAACUUUUCUCCGUUCAUAUUGUUGAUGUAUCUAGAGGCGUAGUUUGCCACUGCUUUUAUUCUCACGAUGCCAGAAUCAAGAGAGUUGCUGCAACCUCGCUGGUGGUUACCUGGUCAUAAGGCAGAUGGCUUGGACUUUUAAAGCAGUCCCUAUUCACCUUAUCACAGUGCCAAUUUUCUGUUGCAUUAGCAUUUUGUACAAUUGUGUUCACCCCCAGUUCCCCAUAUCAUCCUGACCUUGCCAUUCAUGAUUGUUGACUCCUUUUUUAUCAUACUAUAUCCCACUUAUAUUGGAGCUAACCAGUAUAUCUGCGGGCUAUCUCACUGUUCGCCCUUGUGGGUGCAUCCUUGUCUUUCCAUGUAGGAAUUCUACUGAUAGAAAAUAUUUAUCCUUUUCCAGCUUUUGAAACCUCAUCAGAUAGCAGACAUAAAAAAUAACCCUGCUGAAUUGAGAAAUGCCCCCCUUUAAUGCAGCAUUUGUUUCUCAUGGGGGCCACCCAAAGGCAACUAGAUGCUUGGAAGUAGGAAAUGGAGAUACUGGAUGCACCCUUCAGGCCAUUGUUCCCUUGCAACAUAUAUCUUAAAGGCCUGCUCCUGGUGCCCUGGAAGUAACCUUGGGAUCUGACACUAAUUCCCCGAUACCUUUAUAGCAGUGAUGUUAAAUUCUUUUAAGUCACCUUGAAGGCUUAUUCAAAUAUUAAAUAAGCUCAUGGUAGGUAUUAUCCUGCAGCAGCCUCGCAAGAAUGCAGUUAUUAAGCAAUCACAGUCUGAUGCAAGUUUUGAGGCCUUAAACUCUACCAAUGUUCUUGUUUCCAAGACAACCUCAGCCAGGUGUCUGUUGUUUGAAACUUACCACUUUUUUUUUUUUUUUACAAAAGGUUCUGCUGGAAAGGUAACUCCUUGGCACUAGCUUGAGAGCAUGUGACACGUGCGAUCUCAAGGUAACCGUUUCUAAAA